GGUGGCGACAAACCACUACUAAGGAUCACCUCUUCCGGAAGUGAUAGAAGCGCUGUCAUUGAGUCAACAUGGCGGCGUCGUUGGUCCGCUGUGUCCGUGCAGGUCUCGGCCGGAGUUGCAACAUUGCAAGGACAUCAAGUCUCCUGCUGCAGCAGUCCAGGUUGCAGAGCUCCACCAUUGAGACAAGCCCCACCAUCCGACCAAAAGAUGCAGUUGCCCACAACCAGCUUGCAGCAUUUGGAGAGUAUGUGGCUGAAAUAAUGCCCAAAUACAUCCAGCAAGUUCAGGUGACAUGUUACGAUGAGCUUGAGGUGAUGAUCCAUCCUGACGGUGUGGUCCCUGUGCUGACUUUCCUGAGGGACCACACCAACGCACAGUUCCGAAGCAUGAUCGAUCUGACCGCCGUCGACAUUCCUUCACGGCAGAACCGCUUUGAGAUUGUGUACAACCUGCUGUCGCUGCGCUAUAACUCUCGUAUUCGUGUGAAGACAUACACCGAUGAACUCACACCAUUGGACUCUGCAGUUCCUGUCCACAAAGCUGCCAACUGGUACGAGAGGGAGGUUUGGGACAUGUUUGGUGUGUUCUUUGCCAACCACCCCGACCUGAGGCGUAUUCUGACUGACUAUGGUUUUGAGGGUCAUCCCUUCAGGAAGGACUUCCCUCUGUCAGGAUAUAUUGAGGUGCGCUAUGACGACGAAUUGAAACGUGUGGUGGCGGAACCAGUGGAGCUGUCGCAGGAGUUCCGGAAGUUUGACCUGAACACACCGUGGGAGGUGUUCCCUGCUCACAGGGAGAACAAGGAGGCUCCGCCCACACUGGAAGCUGGAGACAAAGCCCCCGAGAAGAAGUGAUGUAACCCCUGUUCAUUAUAGUGCACACAAAGCAACCACUUGCGUGUUUGGCUUUUGGCUGUCCCUGGUUAAAAGUACAACAAUAUUCAUGUAAAUAAAAAACGUGUGUAAAAAGUUACCCAAAAA